CUCAGUCUUCUUUCCCUUCUCUCUCAGCUCACUUGCGAACAUGGACGCGCAUCUCAAUGGACUGCUCCGCUGGGGCAUUCAAAACUCAGACCCUGAAGAGCUCCGUCGCCGAGCUGCUGCUGCUGGUGCUACUGCUACCGACACCGCGACUGACGCGACUGACGCGACUGACAUUACCAUUGUGCAGCCUGCGACGGAGGCGAGCGGUGGCCGCAGCAGCGUGGGGCUCGCGUUGGCUCCGUCGUCCGCCAACGCACCACAUGCAGUGACCGGCGCACUCAACGCUGCCAUUGCCAGUGCCCACACUGAGGCCGACGCUGGUACUGCUGCAGAGGGGCAGCAACAACCGCUGGACCGAAAGUGGAUGGAAGCAGUGCUCGGCAAGGACGAUGUCACUCGAAUGAAAGAGGCACGAGACAUGCUGCUCAACCCGGACGCGACAAAGGAAAACCUCGAAAUUGCGCUCGACGACUUGCUGUUCCUCGUCGAGUCGAUUGAUAACGCUUGCGAUUUGCACACGAUCAACGCACUCGUUCCCGUCGCCAAUCUGCUCCAAUCCGAGCACCCCACUCUGCGCAGCGGAGCUGCGUGGGUGAUUGCCACUGCUGCGCAAAACACACCCAAGGUUCAGAAGCAAAUGCUCGAAACAAAGGUGCUUGAUCGGCUGACCCAGCUGCUCAAGGAAGAAUCCCAGAUGGAAAUCCGCGCCAAGGCUCUGACAGCCGUUUCCGCCAUCUUGGGCCACAAUCCUGCCGGCGUGGAGCGCUUUGACGAAUUGAACGGCUUUUCGCUGCUUUUGGAGGUCGCAUCCAACAACGCAGACGAUGCGUUUUUGCGAAAGCUGACUUUUAUUUUGCGGCAGCUCUGCACCCAGGAGACGGCCGCGCUUGUCGCGUCACGCUUGGUCCAGCUGAUGGCUCCCGCGUUCUUUGCAAACCUUCUUUCGCGACCAAACGUCGACUUGCGGGAAAAGAUUCUGGAUUUGUUGUCGGCCUUGCUUGAGGUGCCAGAGCUCCACUCGCGCGUCAUCUCGCAGCUCGUGCCCUUCCAGCUGGAGGCAACCAUGAAGACACUGCAAGCCGAAGCUGCCGCAUCCACCGAUGUCGCCGAAGAAUACCAAGACUUGUUGCCACGGUUGACGCAAAUUCUGGCGCAGAUGCGGUCGUAGUUUGUCCCAUUUGCUUUUUUGAAUGAAUAAGCAACACACAAACAAAAGGUCAAAAAAAAAGUAUCUAUUGCA